ACUCUAACCCGUUUAUUCAAUGGGCACCCACUAGAUAGUCUAUCUGAUAAUGAGACUGCCUUCUUCGCCUACAUAUCCAUCAUGUUCACGGUCUGUACAUUGUGCGCCUGCCUUGCGCUCAGCCUCCGCAAUCGCUAUCGACUACGGACUUCUUUGGCCCUAGCUACUCGCGCCGGGAAGUCAGCUACCGACGUCAAAAACCAUGGCUACGCUGUUUAG